AUGGAUAACAGCAGCUGGGGAUUGCUCGGAGAUGGUAACACAUCUCUCGAGUCCUGUACUACACUGAGGAACCUGACGUCUCGUAUUUUCCUAUAUGCCUUCCUCUCUGUUGGCAUUAUCUGCACAGUGGUGGGCAACUUCCUGGUGGUCUUGUCCAUUGCCUACUUCAAGCAAUUGCAGUCACCCACAAACUACUUUGUCAUGUCUCUGGCAGUGGCUGACUGCCUCGUUGGCCUAUUAGUGAUGCCUUACAGUAUGAUUCGGACUGUGGAGGGGUGCUGGUACUUUGGUUUCCUUUUUUGUAAGCUUCACUCCAGCCUAGAUGUCAUGCUCUGCACUGCCUCAAUAUUCCAUCUCAGCUGCAUUGCCUUCGACCGCUACUACGCCGUCUGCAACCCCCUGCUUUACUCCUUAAAGAUGUCCCACAAUCGGGUGGCCUUUCUAAUUGUUGUAUGUUGGGCUGUUCCCAUGCUCAUCUCCUUUGGCCCCAUAAUGCUAGAUCUCCAUAUUGCCGGUGUGGACAUCCUGCUCCCUCAGGAUGUGUGCGUGUUCUUGGUCAACCGAGUUUACGCUGUCAUGGCCUCCUUGGUAGCCUUUUAUUUGCCGAUGGCUAUCAUGCUAAUAGCCUACUGGAAAAUCUUCAAAGCUGCCAAACGGCAGGCCAGGCAGAUCAGUGCCAUGGAAAGUCAGAUGGCUAAUGGAGUGGGCAAAGAUUCAAGCAAGAAACAACGACACCGCAACACAAUGAAGAGGGAAGGAAAGGCCGCAAAAACGUUGGGUAUCAUCAUGGGAGUUUUCCUGAUCUUCUGGAUGCCCUUCUUUACAGUCAACAUUGUGGACCCGUUCAUUGAAUACAGCACAGAUGUGGUCGUCUGGGACAUAUUUCUGUGGUUAGGAUAUAUCAACUCAUCUCUAAACCCCUUCCUGUAUGGUUUCUUCAACCGUUCCUUCCGUAGGGCAUUCCUCAUGUUCAUGGGCUGCAGGGUAUGCCUGCCUGGAUCCUCUCCUGGGAUGGAGCUAUCGCACACUAGGAAGGAUGCAAACGAACGUGCAGAUUAA